AUGGCCUUCAGGUCAGAAGUAACAUGUUCGUUCGUUCGUUCGUUCGUUCGUUCGUUCGUUCGUUCGUUCGUUCGUUCGUUCGUUCGUUCGUUCGGCCAGUUCGCCAUCCGCUGGGGCUUUAUCCCCGUCGUGCUCUACCUAGGUUUCAAGAGAGGUGCAGAUCCUGGAAUGCCUGAACCAACUAUUUUGAGUCUUCUUUGGGGAUGAAAGAUUUGGCUGUACAGUACUGUAAUCAUUUGAUGGGCAGAAAAAAUGGUUGAAGAUGUGAACAUUCCACAGGAUAAGGAGAACAUUUGCCAAUUGCACCAACUAGCUUGUACAGCAUCCUGAGGACAUAGAUGUACAUAAAACAAAAUGUAUUUCUACUGAUGUAAUUUAUUUGCUUUGCACUGUAGUUAAAAUAAAUACACUUUGAUUCU